AGAUGGAUAGAUGGAUGGAAUGUUGGAUGGAUGUACGGAGCAGUUCUGCGAUACAGUACAUACUGCAACUACUGGAGGAUGAGAGAGAGGGCCCCGGGGGGGGGGGGUACGAAGGGCGGAUGGGGAUGAAUCUAGUGGAAGGGUGAAGGUUCUGUUUCUUCCACGGCACUUCUGCUUCGCCUUCUUCAGACUCUUCGAUGACGUCCGGGUGACACACCAUCCUCAUGCCAAUGGCAAUUGAAUGGACUUGAAUUGAAUUGAAUGGAGUGGAAUGGGGUGGAAUUGCGUCGAGAAUGAGUAUUUCGGGCACUUUUAUGAAUCCGGUUUGUUUGUCGUGUGCUGCACUUCAGCAGCAGCAGCAGUCCCACAUAUAGAAUAUCUCUCUGGGCGGCAUCAUGAGCGCAAGAGCGAAUCGCGACGAUUCUACGAUUGAGUCUGGUCUGGUCUCAUCGAAUCGGAAUAAUAAAAUCGGAGUUCUGUCCACUGGCGCCAAGUUCUGCGAGCGUUUGCCUUCUGAACUCGACAUUGGCUGCUCUGGGUCACGGUCGUCAUCGUCGACGACACAAAUUCGAUUCUGCCGUUUCUGGCGAUCAGUGAAGUGAGGCCAUCCAUGGGUCGAGAGUAGGAACAUGGAGGUGCAGAAGUAAGAACAUGUCCAUGAUUAGAGGAGCGUGAGGACAGGGACAGGGAGCAGGAGCAGGAGGACAAGGCGUAAUCAGGAUGAAUCUGAACAUGGAGGAAUUGCUGCUGAGUGGACUGCAUGGCGAGUACAAGAUUGCUGCCAUAAGAUUGCAGCUGAAACACGGAGAGGUGGAGAUCGGCCCCACGCACAAGAAGAAGAAGAAGAAGAAGAUGGAGAAGAUGGAGAUGGAGAUGGAGGAGGAGAAGGGCAGGAGCGGUGACGCUGCCGACGUCGUGCUGCAAGUGUACAACGCCUUCGCGCACGAAGUGCGCAUCGAGUACCAACCUGCAGUCAAGCAGCAAGAUACGCAAUGGCGAUUUGCGUGCGACGGGCUCGUGCUCAAGACUGUGGUGCCCUACCACUUCUGGACCACGUACCUGUUCCCGCACGAGCAGCCAGAGCAAGAAGAUGAAGGAGAAGAUGAAGGAGAUGAUGAAGAAGAAGAUGAUGAUGCAGAUGAUGAUGCAGAUCGGGUGCCACCAAACCCAUCGCCAUCGCCAUCGCCAUCGUCGUCAUCUGCAGCAGCAGCAGGAGGAGCAUUCACUCCGGACAUGGCCGAGUACGAGGCCCCCUCGGCGCCAUCGAGUCAUGCCUCGGAUCUCUACUCGAGGCUCGGCCGAGGCUCCAUGAUGCAGCAGCAUCAGCAGCAGCACGAUCGAAGACCGGUUCCGAAGGUGCUGCUGCCGAUCGACGAAUUCAACAAACCAGCUCAUCAUCGUCAUUCUCAUCGACGCUCGGUGGCGUUUGCAAAUUCCUCAGAGGCGGGGAAGAAGAAAAGCGAAUUGACAAGUGCCAUGAUCGAAGAAAUAUCUGAAAAAGAGAUUAAGGUGCGAUUGUCAAGGCCGGCAUCGACGUCGAAUCGGGCGAACGAUGUCGGAUUUGCAGCCACCGAGAGUAUCGAAAGGGUCAUCAGAGUCAAGUGCUACAGACCGAGUGCACUCGAAGUCACGUCCCGAGAGCUCUCGCGAGGAACGACGCCCUGCUGCUCUGCCACAGAGGAGUGCAAAUUUCUGGAGGGCAAAUUUGGCCUGCAUCGUGACAGGUCCGAGGACACUGGACUCCAACCCCUUCGACAAUGUUAUGGCCCGAGAGAACUGCCUGCUCCUCGUCUCGAAUCUGCCGACGAGCUGAUGCAUCGUCGAGCCUCAGGACAGCCGACGACGACGAGAGCUGACAGAGCCACCACCAUCGACGCAGCGACCUCUCCUCUGCGCAGUCCCACGAAGAUCGGGGCUCCAGAAUUCCAAUUCGGGGGUUCAGAAUUCGCGCUGGCACCGAGAGCCGAGAAGGGGUCGCUGUUCGGCUAUGGGCAGCAGUACAAUGUUCUGACGGUGGGAAAGAUUAUGUUGGAGGAAGAGCCUGGCGAUGGCGCGAGAAGCAUGUGGAUGAGCAGCAGAGGUGACGAAGGCCUUUUCGCAGUCCCCGUCGAGCGAAUCGAUCGAGGCAAAAUCUCCGCCGAUUCUCUCAAGGCGUUCCUCGACUUCCUCGCCAAGGAGAGAUCGAUGUUCUUCCGAAAAGGACGACAGAAUCUCGGCGCCGAGAGAGAGAGGUCUGAGCCGACGACUGCAACUCUUUCGUGCUCUUGUUUCAAACCUCGAGCGGUGAUGGAUGUCGACGACAUGACUUUUGCCCCGACUGGCACUGCCACUGCCACUGCUCGUGUCCGGUCGCUGUUGGUGCCCAGACGAUGGCGCUUCUGGACAUGGAAUCAGAAGAAAGGUGCCGAUUAGCUCACACCAUUGUUUCUGAACUCUCUCAGGAGACGUCCCAUACAAUCAAUGGUGAAGAAAAGGUCACUCAUGAUGUGGAUGGUCGUUCAUCUCUCAUCGACUCGACUCGAGAUCUGACUUGAGACCAUCGACAGAGCAAGUCGAGUCAACGAAUAUUUACUUCUGAACAAUUCUGAUUGCUAACGAAAGGUGUCAUCUGGCAUAGAUAG